GGGGCGGGCUCGUGCCCGGGAGUCCAUGUGGGCGCCGGCGCGGCACUGAGCAGCGCGGGGUCGCCAUGGCGGAGCUGCAGCAGCUCCGGGUGCAGGAGGCGGUGGACUCUAUGGUGAAGAGUCUGGAGAGAGAGAACAUCCGGAAGAUGCAGGGCCUCAUGUUCCGGUGCAGCGCCGGCUGUUGUGAGGACAGCCAGGCGUCCAUGCAGCAAGUGCACCAGUGCAUUGAACGCUGCCAUGCACCUCUGGCUCAAGCCCAGGCCCUGGUGACCAGCGAGUUGGAGAAGUUCCAGGACCGCCUGGCCCGGUGCACUAUGCAUUGCAACGACAAAGCCAAAGAUUCAAUCGAUGCAGGGAGUAAAGAGCUUCAGGUGAAGUGCCAGCUGGAGAGUUGCGUGACCACGUGUGUGGAUGACCACAUGAACCUCAUCCCAACCAUGACCAAGAAGAUGAAGGAGUCUCUCUCAUCCAUUGGGAAAUAGAUGUCUGCUAUUGGCCAUCGGGGCUGAAGGCAGGAAUCUAUUUAAAAAGAGAAAUGGGGAUUUGGGUUUUCUAAAGAAAGUUUAUGAAUGAGGAAAUUAAGGACGGCAGCAAGUUUAAGGUCUAUAUCACUUGCCUCUGGACACUGGUUCCUUUGUGUUUGAAACCUAGAAAGUGAAAAAACCUGGUGCUAAAAUUGGGGUCAGAGAUAGCACAGGAGAGUUUUUGUGAGCCUGAAUUUCACGUGGCAAGUGCUUAUCCUGGCAACAGGGAGUCUCCCUUGUACCAAACCAGAGACCUCCAAGGUACCAGAUUCUCUUAGUACACAGAUACCAACAGGCUGGCAGGUUCAUCUGACCUGCUUAUGAUCUGGUGGAGUGUGAGGAGAGAUGUUUCUAUUUGUUGCCAACCUCCUGUUUACCAGAAGGAUCACUACAACAUUUUCCACAAACUGGAAAUAAAACAAAAUCCAUGAGGUCACUAAUUUAGAAGGGGAAAGGGGGCUUCUGGGAAUUUGUUUUGCGUGGUUUUGUUUUAUAUACAAGGGCAUGAAGCUACUUUAAGAUGUAGAGUUGGGAGAGGUAGUUUCGAUAAAAACUUUGAAAGGGUCCUUGUGGAUAUUCAUUUCUGGCCAUCAGGAUGUGGAUGCGCAUUUCUUAAAAUUCUCACACAUGACAUUUUUCAGCCUGGAGACCCUGCAAAAAUAUAAGAAGCGCUAUCACACUGGUAGGGGAAGCAAACCUUCCCUCUGACUGGCAGCCAU